GGGCUGCUCCUCCUCCUUCCUGAGAGAGAGAGAGAAAGAGAGGAGGGAAACCACCGAGGAGGAGGACAAAUUACUCUGCAAGUUUCGCUGCCUGCCUGGAGGCGCUUUCCUUCCUUGCUUCUUUUUCCUAUCCCCUCCCUCUCUCUUUUCUUUCUUUCCUUCUUUCCUCCCUUCGCUCCCUCCUUCCCUCAGCCCUUUAAUUAUCCACCCCUCUCUCUCCCUUUUGGGAGGGAGGGGCAUUUCCUGUCUCCCGGCCUCGGUUCCCUUGGGACCAGCGGAUGCCAGUCACACACACAGGCACCCCUCCUCCUCUCCUCCUUUCCCUUUGGAAGUUAGCAGAGGAGGGGAAAUGGAAGGGGGGGCCCUAUUAGAUCAUUUCGUCAGCACCCAGAAGGAGGGGACUCCUGCCUGCUUGCUCUGGGGGGGAGUGUUUGUGUGUGAGUGAGUGAGUGAGUGAGGGUGAGGGAGCCCAGGAAAGCGUCGAGCUCACACACACACACACACACACACCCGCUUUCGUCCCACCUCCUCCGCGCCAAAGUGGAGCAGCCAGACUUUUUUCCCCUUCCGCUCUCUUCUGUUCUCUUUUCUCCCUCUCCCUCGUCUCCUCCUUCUCUCUCUCUUUUCUCUCACCCCCACCCUUCUCCUCGCCGCCUUCCCUUCUCCACCUCUCUCUCUCUCUCUUGCACCUGUUUGAGUCGCUUUUGAAUCCGGCUCCCCUUCAGACCCCGAGCCGCGUUUCCACGGAGGAAGAGGAGGAGGGAGCAGGGGGGAAAGGCAACAGAAGCAAAAGUUUGGGCGCCUGAGGAGAUUUCCCGCGCGCGGGAGGAAGAGGAGGAGGAGGAAGAAGAAGAGGAGGAGGAAGGGCGCUCUCUCUCUCUCUCUCUCUCGCCCAGCUUUUCCAGGCGGCAUUCGGUGGGACUCUCUCUCUCUCACUCUCUCUCUCUCUCUCUCUCUCUCUUCCACCUUGUGCGGGACUCUCUCCAUCCACCUGAAGCCAGCCUUCACCUUCAGGAGCGCCGCGGAGAACUCCUCGAGAGAAGAGCUGACUUCUCUCCGUCCUCGUCGUCUGGUGCUUCUCCUUCGCGGUUCCUGCCUGGAGGGCUGCUGGCGGCGUGUCCCCCUCCGCCCUCCUCCUCCUCCCGAACCCUGGGCUUUCGCCUUAUGUUUUGACUCGGCGGUGGAGCCCGCUGGCCCCCCGGAGCAGCUGCGCCCAUGUAUAGCAUGAUGAUGGAGACGGACCUCCACUCCCCCGGAGGGGCCCCGGUGGCCACCAGCCUCUCGGGCCAAGCCGGAGCCGGAGGAGGGGGAGGUGGCGGAGGCGGAGGGGGAGGCGGCGGCGGCGGCGGCCCGAAGGCCAACCAGGACCGGGUCAAGCGCCCGAUGAACGCCUUCAUGGUGUGGUCGCGGGGCCAGCGCCGGAAGAUGGCCCAGGAGAACCCCAAGAUGCACAACUCGGAGAUCUCCAAGCGCCUGGGCGCCGAGUGGAAGGUCAUGUCCGAGGCCGAGAAGCGGCCCUUCAUCGACGAGGCCAAGCGCCUGCGGGCGCUGCACAUGAAGGAGCACCCGGAUUAUAAAUACCGGCCCCGGAGGAAGACCAAGACGCUGCUCAAGAAGGACAAGUACUCCUUGGCCGGGGGGCUCCUGGGGCCCGGAGGCAUCGGAGGCGGCGGAGGCGGCGGAGGCGGCGGCGGAGGAGGAGGCCCUCCGGUGGGGAUGGGGGUCGGGGUCAGCCCCGGCGGCGUGGGACAGCGCUUGGAGAGCCCCGGAGGAGGAGGCGGCGGCGGCAACGGAGGCGGCGGCGGAGGCGGCUACCCGCACAUGAACGGCUGGGCCAACGGGGCUUACCCGGGGUCGGUGGCGGCGGCGGCGGCGGCGGCGGCGAUGAUGCAGGAGGCCCAGCUCGCCUACAGCCAGCACCCGGGCGGCGGCGGCGGAGGAGGCGGCGGGCACCCCCACUCCCACCACCCGCACCACCCCCACAACCCCCAGCCCAUGCACCGCUACGACAUGGGCGCCCUCCAGUACAGCCCCCUCUCCAACGCCCAGGGGGGCUACAUGGCCGCCUCGCCCUCGGCCUACGGGGGGCUCUCCGCCGCCGCUGCCGCCGCCGCCGCCGCCUCCUACGGGGCCGCUGCCCACCACAGCCCCCACCACCAGAACUCCUCCUCGGCAGCCGCAGCGGCGGCGGCGGCUGCGGCGGCGGCGGCGGCGGCCUCCUCGGGGGCCCUGGGGGCGCUGGGGUCCCUGGUCAAGUCUGAGCCCAGCGUCAGCCCGCCCGUCUCCUCGGCCCACUCGCGGGGGCCUUGCCCCGGGGACCUCCGGGAGAUGAUCAGUAUGUACUUGCCCGGCAGCGAAGGAGGGGACCCCGCGGCGGUGGCGGCGGCGGCGGCGGCGGCUGCGGCCGCGGCCCAGAGCCGCCUCCACGGUUUGCCCCAACAUUACCAAGGGGCUGGCACGGGGGUCAACGGCACCGUGCCCCUGACUCACAUCUGAGGGGGAUCCGAGGGACGCAGGGAGGCUGAGGAGGACUCGGGGGCGGCCCAGCCGGGGCCACGCUCCCGCCCCGUCUCCCUCUCCACCAGAAGAAGGAGAGCGAUCUUUUGUUGACCUUGUAAUAAUCAGAAUAACAAUAAUAACCACCCGGAGUGUCCUCCUCCUCCCGAUCACCAAUAUCCAGAGGAGGAGGAGGAGGAGGAGAGAGAGUCACCCAGUCCGGCUCCAAAGGCACCCCCCGGCUCCCAAGGACUAGUCUCCCAAACUUAGAGGGGGAAUGAAUUGAUCCUCCCCGACUUUCAUUUCUCCCCCCCCCCCCUCCGUUUUCGUUGCGUUUCAGACCAGCCAUCUGUGUUUAAAACAAAAAACUGAGGGUUUCGGGGGGAUAUAUAUGAUGAUGAUGAUGAUGAUUAAUAACUUUUUUUUGUACAGUAUUUAUCAUUCGCCCAUUUUGCUUAAAAACAGGUGGGGAGGACAUAAGAGGGAGAGAGAGAGAGAGAGAGAAUGGGGAAAAGGAGGAAGAAAUAUGACAAUAAUUAAUCAUUGUUGAGAGAUGUUUAGGCGAUGCCAACUUUUCUGCCACAUGGAAGCAUUCACUGCUCACCGUUUGGGCCGUUUCUUGUGAAGACUUUUUCUUUUUCAUUUUUAAAUUGCCUAAUUCAAGUAAACCUAGCGGGGCAACGUACUUCUUUAUUACCAAUUUUGCAAAUCCAAAAUUACUUUAAUACUUUAUUUUUUUUGGUAGUUCUUAUGACGCGGGUUUUUUUUGUUUUGUUUUUGUUUAUUUAUAACGCUUUUUUGCGGUCAGCAACAAUACUCUGGAUUUUUGUAAAUGUUUAUUAUGUCUGCAUCCCCCCCUUUUGUUAACUUUUUGUAUUUUUUUCUUGUACAUGCAUUGUGGAAUAAUUUUAAUUAAUUUUAGGCAUUACAAGGGAAUUCAGAAAUGUGUAUAUAGUUUACUAAAAAAGCAUUUCCGCCGAAAAGGACGACAAAUAAAAAAUCUAAAGAUGAGCUCCAUUCUGAGUUAAAUCAAUUUCCAAGUGGACCCUGGAAACAGUGGAUCCAAAACGUACUAAUAAUUCAUGGCAUGCCUUAAAACUAGAAAGAUUAUUCUAAUGUAUAAUUAUAAUGGGAACGACAGAGAGAAGAAGAACAGAACGAAAAAAACGACAGAAAAAAAAUCAAUUCCAGCUUGGGUUUUAGAAUUCUCACAGUUCCUAUUUAAAAACAAACAAACAAACAAACAAGGAAGGGAAGAAAGUUUUUUUAAAAAAUGGUGUAGUUUUUGGAUAUUAUUUUAAUAUCUGUUGAGUAUUGUUAAGGA